AUGUUGGAUGAUUUUUGGUCCAACUUAGAAGAAAAAUUGAUUACAAUGAUAAAACCCAGUGUUUAUGAUGACGUUUUUGAUCGUAAAAUCAAUGGUGAUGAAAUCUUCCUUUUUGUCAAAGCACCAAAUCAUUUGUGUACCGUAGAGUUCAAUUUGUUUACACCUCUUGAUGCCAAAAAGUUACCAGCAACAUAUGAUAAAGUUUUAAAACUGUUAAAACAAAGGAAGAAGUCUACAAGUGUUCCACAGGUUCCUAUUCAGAAACUUCCUGCCUUGCCUGAAAAGUUCAUGUUCAAUACAGUUCUUAAGUUCCAUGAGUCACAGCAAAUUCAGUUGAAAUAUUACCCUUCAAAUAAUGGACUGUUGCACAACAAUAACCGCACACAGCGAGACCAGAUAAGAGAGUGGAUCUCAGCAUUUGGUAAUGGAAGCGGUGGAAUGAUAGUUUUGGGGGUUGAUGAUAAAACUGGAAAGAUCACAGGCCAGCUUUUGGAAGGAAACAGUAAAGAAGAAUUUGAGGGAAAGGUUUCCUCCAUUGUUUACAAAAUGAGCCAAGCAUGGUGCUUUAUCCCCAAAAGAGGGGUUCACUGGGAUCUUAAGUUUUUUCCUGUUGAGGGCAAGGGGAGCAAAUCAGCUUUGACAGUUGUUGUACUUUACAUCGCGGGAAUGCAGAACUUGGGAGGAAUUUUUACAAAAUGUCCAAGGAGCUGUGAGCUAAGACCUGGACUUGAUGGGAAGGAAGAAGUUCAUCAGCUUAAUUUUGAGGAUUGGAAGCAACAAAUGCUGUGUGCCACAGAAGAUGAAAGUGAAGGUAUUGAGUACAGCUCUGUUUAAAUCUUUUUUCUUUUGUGAUGCUGGUAAACACGUCAGUCAACUCUUGCUAAGAUGGACACUUUUGGGAACCUAGCACUAACUCACAUCCAUCUUAGAGAGAUUUCUGUAUUUGAAUAGAGAGUCAAAUAAAAGGACUCAAGAAAGGCAGGGACCAACUCUAGCUACGGUGUCCAUUUUACAGAGGUGGCCAUUAGCAAGAGUGGACUGUAUUUUUUCAGGAACUUGCAUGAUAUUUUGGUGCUUUUCCAGCUGCGGUAACACUAUUUUUAAAUUAAAAUUGUGAGAGAUUCUGCUUAUUAUUAAGAUCUUAUUGAUUAGCUGAAUCUCUAACAACAGAGUUUUUGCAACUCAUGGAAAAUAAUUAUUGGGAAAUUUUUAUAAUAUUGGUUAUGCAUUCUUUUGGUCCCAAAAGUUCUUUUAUUGCUAUCAAUAAUUACUUUUAAGCCAUAAUUUCCUGUACAGCACAAUGUACAAGCCAAGGAAAAGCAAGGCCAAAAUCAGGGUGAUGAAAACCAUUGUUGUAUGUAAACUACAUACAGCAAUAAUUCCUGAAAAUAAUAGUAAAAAAAAACAGGAGUUAAUAUCUGUUAUUAUUCAUUCAAAAUAUUUCCCCGAUUCUGAUUGGCUAAAAGCACACGUUUAAUUCACCAUAACCAGUUACUGAUGACCAAAUUUGGAAGAAAUUUGACGUUAACGAGGAAAUGACGUCAAAAGUGCAGCGUUUUCGCAGGUUAAGGCACCGUUAACCGAGAAGACCUGGGGACGAGGUUGAGUUGUUUUAGUUGUAAACUUGAAAAAAUGGCGGACAUUUCACUCGAUUCAAGAGUAAGAACUAGGCGAAAAAAUAGCUAAAAACAUGGCAAGAACAGCAUGAAGACAACUUAAAGGACGACAUCUGCUAUUUGGAGAAUAUUUGCGGAGCUGGACAAACCUAAACGUACACUAUCGAAGAUGAACAGAACAUCGAUGGAUCGAUAGAGGUAAGCAUGUUUUAGCUAUGUUUUUAAACUAGGAAUUAUUUUGAAUGAAUAAUAAAACAGUUAUUGAAUUCGGCUUUCGUAUCAUAUGAAGAAUUAUGGAGAUCUCGGAGGGUGUUAUCCGCCUCGGCCUACGGCCUCGACGGAUAACACCCUCCUUGAUCUCCAUAAUUCUUCAUAAGAUACUCCGCCUCAUUCAUUAACUGUUAAUUAUAACAUAGCGCGUGUGCUUGCCCUAUAUAAGUCCUACUGAGCCACUAUGAAUAAAAUCUUUAUUUACGCACGCCCGUGCGUAAAUAAGAUGACGUGAGCAUUUUUUUUUUACCUGGCUACAAAGUUGUCGUCUUUUAAGCUGCAGUGUACUUUUCCUUCUCUUUAAAAUAUGGAAGAAACCAGCGAAGAACUGAACCACUUUUUCUAUCGGCAUUGACCUUUUAGGUCCUGAUCCAACAAGCAGCAAAAAUAAAGCCGAAUUUAAAAAAACUGGCAAGUUGCGCGUUUCGCAAAUUUGUCUAAGACCAGCUGCAGCAAAUUUUGGCCGAAAGACAUUCACUGGGAACAGAACAGACACCAACUGGUCAUCAACAACAUUUAAAGGCAAAAUUUCCGUUUUUAUUGUUGUUUUUAUAUUUGUUAUGCACUUUGUUAUCUCCGGACAAUCCGACUGAAGCGGCUUACUGUAGUUUGCG